AGUGACUUUGUUAGGUCUCAGUAGUGUACAGGGGCCCCAGGCCCAGAAGCAACUUGCUGCCUGAAGAUCCCACCUGCUUGCAUCUGGCACUGUGACUGCAGUCAGAGGCCUGGGUCCUGAGAUGUGCAGAGGACUAAUAUCCCAGCAGUCCUUGUGUCCUGGGCUCUUCAGCCCCGGGAGCUCCAGUGCCUGCCUGAGGAAUCCCCGUGGCAGGCAGCCUGGUGACUCCUCACAGGAGGGACGGGCUGAGUGAUGCUCUGACCACAUCAUGCUGUGCAGGGUGGCUACAGUGACCCAGUGCUGUAAUAGCAAGGGUGCCGUGUAAAGAAAGUGUCACUUUCAUCGCGUGGGCCUGUAACUCUCCAGAGUUCCAGUCUCCAGAACAAAGCCAUACUCUACUCAAUAGCACUUAAUGGGACCCGUGCUGCUUAUAACUGAUUAGAGAAGGACAAGUUGUUGGAAAGGUGAUAGUUCGGGCCAUCCUCUGCCCAUACAAUUUGCAGCCAGCCUGAGGUACAAAGAUGCAGGGCCAGCAGUAAGGCUCAGUGGGUAGAGGCCUGCCACCAAGCCUAGCACAAGACAGGACCUACAUGGCUCAAGGAGAGAACUGACCCUCCGAGUCAUCCUCUGUGGGGGUUGAGGUCCCUUGAGACAGACCCAGCCAGGGUUUACCCCCUGCUAAAAGAAGCUGUGCACCAGAAUGAGCAUCACUGGACUGUAGUUGCUGCCCCCAGGCAGGGGCAGCUUUGACAGCAGAGUUGCUUUCUAAAACCACACAGCAGGGUGUGAAGGAGGAGGAGCUGACACUUGUGUGAGGUGGGUGGUACUUGGAAGGCCACCUGUCCCCACAGGAAGAGAGUAGGGAGCCCCUUCCCCCAAGGACCGUUGAUCCUGUGCCAGGAUGGAGGUCUGCCGGUCCCUGCUACUCCUGCUGGCCCUGAAGACACUGCGGGCAGCAGGCAACAGAUUUGAUACCCAGAUCAUUGGGGGUCGAGAGGCAGUCCCGCACUCCCGCCCAUAUAUGGCCUCUCUACAGAAAGCCAAGUCCCAUGUGUGUGGGGGAGUCCUCGUGCAUCGGAAGUGGGUAUUGACAGCUGCCCACUGCCUAUCUGAGCCGCUACAGAACCUGAAGUUGGUGCUCGGCCUGCACAACCUCCAUGAUCCCCAAGAUCCUGGCCUCACCUUCUACAUCCGGGAAGCCAUUAAACACCCUGGCUACAACCACAAAUAUGAGAACGACCUGGCACUGCUUAAGCUGGAUGGACGGGUGCAGCCCAGCAAGAAUGUCAAACCACUGGCUCUGCCAAGAAAGCCCCGAUCCAGGCCGGCAGAGGGUACCUGGUGUAGUACAGCCGGCUGGGGAAUGACCCGCCAGGGUGGGCCCCAGGCCAAGGCCCUGCAGGAGUUGGAUCUGCGUGUGCUGGACACCCGAAUGUGUAACAACAGCCGCUUCUGGAAUGGUGCCCUCAUAGACAGCAUGCUGUGCUUAAAGGCUGGGAACAAGAGCCAAGCCCCCUGCAAGGGUGACUCUGGAGGGCCCCUGGUGUGUGGCAAAGGCCAGGUGGAUGGGAUCCUGUCUUUCAGCUCCAAAACCUGCACAGACAUCUUCAAGCCGACCGUGGCCACUGCCGUGGCCCCCUACAGCUCCUGGAUCAGGAAGGUCAUUGGUCGCUGGUCACCCCAACCUCUAGCCUGAUGUCCCAGAUCAUCUGGGACACCAUUCUCGAUGGUGGGGGUCGGAAAGGGACUAGGUGUGCCUCUGGGGACCAAUAAAUCCUAAUGUAUCUGUUGAGUCCA